GCUUCAAAUCUUACUUAAAAAUACAGUUAUUAGGCAAUUACUGUCUUAUUCAGUCCCACAGAAUUCUCACACUACUUUGAAAACUGUUUAAUUUAUUACAUUCAGUUAUGGCUUCACGAUAUAAGUUUGAAGUUCACUUUUAAAAGAGAAAAUUUUACAGUGGAAAGGGAUAAUGUAGGUGGCAAAGGUUUUUACAAUGAAAAAAAUGAUUUCUCUUAAAUUGGUUGCCUUGCAUCUAUAUCUAUCCAAACUUUUACACUGUUCUGAACAUGGAAUAAUUCACCAAAUGAUGGAAGUGGUGAUAGAAGAGCAUCUCUUUAUAUAAGAUGAAGCAGUGUUCCUUUCAUAGGCAAGUACACGUAUAAAGACUCUUUAAAUUGAACUGUAACAAGUAGCCCUCCCCUAACCCUCAAGGUUUAGUGCAAAUCACAUAAAAACUUGUUGGAUUUGGCACGAUUAGGGUGAAACAAACAGAUUAAGUACAGUUGACUGAUUAAAUGAUUUCUUUACAAAUCCUACUCAUAUUUGAUGUUCUCUCUACAAAGUUAUUUUUCCUUUUUCUAAAUCAGUUUCUUUCCUUCUUUCUUUGCUUUGUGAAAGUAAGAAAUUUGACCUUAUUACUCUAAUCCGGUAUUGGUGUUGCAACCAUAAGUUUGCACUUUGAAUCUUUGGAGGAUGCGGUUCACUCCGACAUAAGGGUGACUUGUCUAUCCGCGGACUUACUGUACUUGGAGGGCAUUGGCUUGUCAACAUUUAAUAUUAAUGUAUAGUGCACGCAUUCAACUAGUUAGAUUUAUCCAUUUCUUUUGCUGAGGCUUUUAUCAUGGUCAAUUCUCUGCCACAACACUUUAUAUAUGUAUUUAAUUUUUCAUCUUUCAAAAACAACUCUGUUUACCAUGGGCUGUUUUAAUCUUAUCAAGAAAGCCUUGCUUAGCCUGCCCGCAGUCCCCCCCCAAUUUAAUUUGGCAAUGAUUAAAAUCGAAAACCAAGCCAGGUGUUCUCCACAAUUUCCCCCUCCACCCUCAAAAAAGUCAUUCCUGGCAAAUUACUGUAAGAGACUGACUGUGUUAUCAUUCGACGGUACUUCACAGAGGAGAUGCAGACCAGGCCAGAUAAAAGUGAGGCCAAUUUGAAUGGCACUGCCAGGCCAGCUUCUUCCGAAUUACUCACCGAGAAAAUUGGUCAUAAUUUCUCAGCAGUGAUUCAUGUCUGCACAUGAGAAGCGGUCCUCCUUGGGAUUAUCGCUGCACUCAGCGCAUCAUUACAAUCCAUCAUUGGAGUGGAGUAUAUACACGAACAGCUCAGAGCGUUGUGGGAGCUAAUUGCAAUGCACUUGUAUGUAGUCCUCGAUCCUGGUGCGUCUCGUGUGCACAGUGCUCAGCUCCACUGUGUACCCAUAGUGUGUGUGGGGUGGUUUGAUGUUCUCAUAUCUCAGGCGCGAGACUCCCUGGAGAAUUUAUGCGUGCACCGGUGAUUUGGAUGUCGUGAUUGCAAUCGCUGGUCUGGUUACUGAUGUCUACCAGUGUAAUGUCACUCAUUCCCAUCCCCACUACUCUGUGGUGCCUUGCUCUGCUUGCCUUCGCUGGACUCCAAAUAGCCACCAGCACAUCUGAUUAUAAAUAUUUCUUUGACUUCAUCCAAGGCAACCAUUCCUGCUCAUCGUCAGGUGCUGUGACAUCCCCAGGCUUUCCCUUGCGCCAUCCCACGUCAAGCUCACACAUUUAUUUCUAUGAGCUGGAGCAUUUGUCUCCUGUUGGACGCAUCAAACUGGUCUUCACCGAUUUCUUUCUAGAUUCUGUGAACAAAUCGUUCAACAUGUGCAACGACAAACAAAAUUAUCUAAAGAUUAUCGACGACAAGAAGUCCUCCCGCUACUGCAGUUUCAAGAGGCCAGCACCACUCUUAUCUUCCACUCACAGCCUCCGCUUGGAGUAUCAUCUUAACGGAAACCAAAGACACCAUGGCUAUGGUGUAUUCAGUCUGAACUACUUCUUCAUCACGCUACAAGAGGCUGAAGAAUUCGAACGCGAGUUGAAAGGGGGAAACUAUGUCCAGAACACAGCAUAUGAGGUAGCCAUCAUUGGUCACAUCUCUAUUGACAUCUUGAGAGCACAGACACAUUGGGUGGACUACUUAUGGUAUCUCAGGGGCAGACCAGGUAACAGGCUGCUGCUUAACAUUUUAGCUGUCAGCAUUAAUCCAGCUGGCAUGUUAGAGGUUCGAGAUGGUAGCACCUCCAUGUCACCUCUUCUCCUUCUGAUACAGAGAAACAGCACUAAUGUCAUGGAUGUCAUUUCAACCCAAGAAAAGGUCUACGUUCAUUGGCAUGGCCCAGUCAGCCAGUUCAACAGACUCAGAUUUGUCUACUCCAAUGUGGCACCAAUGGACUCUUCGGGCAGUUGUCCUUCAGCUUACUUCAAGUGCAACAAUGGUGUGUGCAUCUCCAAGGAGCGGCAGUGUGACGGUGUCAAUAACUGCCAGCAAGGUGGUGAUGAGGAUCCACAUGCCUGCCAGGACCAAGAUUCCGCUGAUUGCACCUGUGAGAAUGGAGGAACAUGCAUGGUGAGGGAAAACUACCUUAUUUGCCUGUGUCCGGAUGAUUUCACCGGGGAGCGGUGCCAGUACAUUGGGCGACGUAAACAUGUGAGUGCAGUCAUCUCUAGAUGUAAUUGUAAGAACGGAGGAACAUGCACUCCUACCAGCUCUGGCUUUGGUUUUGUCUGUAACUGCUUGCCAGGCUAUGGGGAUUAUGACUGUAGCCUUAACAACAGUCUCAUUCAAGGGGGUGCUUCUUCCACCGAGUAUGGGAUUGCGAUGGGAGCUGCAGUGGUGGCUGUCUUACUGGUACUCUUUGGCGUCGGUCUCUGUCUGUGUGUUAUCUUGCAGUAUCUCAAGCAGCAGCGUGAAGGGCCUGAUGGGCAGUACAGACCAGCUCUCAGUAGGGAUGUCUACAGUGUGGAGGCUGUCAAUAUCGGUUUGAACUCUGUUGAACCUAAUGACUACAUCCCUCCUAGCUAUCACCAAUGCACGCACCACUCAUCCCAUGCUAGCGUGGCCACCCCAGAUGGAUCCAUGGAUGGCACCCUGACUCCCACAAACCCAAGCUACCAGCGUCAGAUAUGCAGACAGCAACGUACACCAGAGAGCCCCCCACCAAACUAUGACACCAUCCUCAAGCUGGCCCGAGACUUGAGUCCUUUCUAUCGAAUGUUCACCAGCAAAGGAAGCCUGAACUUUAGCGAAACCAGGUCACAGCCGCCCAGCUUAAGGGACCAGGAUAGUGUGCCUAAUACAGGGUCUUUGAACACACCCACCACUCCAUGCAAUGAAUGCUUUGAGAUGAAGCACAUGCCGGAUGUCAAGGAGGACACCUGAUUGGUUGACUGGCUGAUUAACUGGCCAAUGCACAAACAGUAUUACCCAGUGAUGUUCUGUGUGUGCCUGGAAUCAUGGGGAUGCACUACUGUGUCAAAAUUGUGCACAUUUGGAAUGGGUUAAGGCUACAGCUGAAAAAAAAACUCUGAAUGGACAACUUAGAGAAAUAUGUUGAGUAAUAUGCAUAAAAGUUUGGCAACAAACCUUCUAAAAAGGAACAACUUUGAAUGGAUCUACUAAAGGAGGGAAGAAGGCACUUGUGAUUUUAAGUCUGUAUGGUGCAUACAUUCUAAAUAGCUGACAGGGUUACUUGAAAAGGGGUACCCCUUUUAAAUGGGCAUGCUUAAGGUUGGCCCAAACUUAAUGCCGGCACUUUCUUAUUACAUUUCAAUGAUGUUUAAACAUAUUUGUCUGUCGUUUCAUUCAAGUGAAGGGCAGCCUUACAUGUAAAAGCACAAUGUUGUAAACUGCACUUACAGAAAACAUAAACACCUGCAUUUACAUGUACAUCGCACAGAAAGAUAUGAACCAUAUUAUAUUAUUGAAAAACAAAAAUGUCCUUGAGAAAUGGGUAAUUCCAGAAAUUAGGGGUCCAUUUUUUUGGGUGUCCCU